UCGAUUCACAUUUCAUUAGCGAUCGCAAUCAACGUCGCGUGCGCUGAUGUAAUAAUUUUGUAUUUUGUUUGUACAUAUGGGACUGUGUAAAUGCCUUUGGAGAGUUAAAAAACGGCUUAUAAACAAAACAGAAGAAGAGGGAGCCUGUAAGAAGUCACUCAUCCCAACUCCGACCGCAGUCUUGCGCAAGUUUGUCCGCUGGCGCCUGCUUCCCUUCGCUUCUUCUUCUGUCACGUGACCUUUCUGGCGGUGUCGGGGAUAGUGGCGCCGUCUUUUUUACAGACACCCGGAUACUCAGGAGUCUGUUACUAGCACUUGGGUGUGCGAGAUGACGCUCUCCUCCCACAUCUGUUUCUUUCCAUCGAUCGCUGUAUAUAAUUGCAAACAGCUCCAAUGUCUGUUAUUAACACGCCAAACAUUAUUUUUGCGACUGCUCGCUGCUUCCACAGCAAAUAGAAAAAUUCUUUUGACCGCAAUAGUUUUCCAUCAUUCAGACAUCGACAUCACAAACGGACAGGUCUGCAGCCUCAGUCCAGGUACAAUACUUUCGUUGUGAAAGACAGGUACGUGAGUCCACAGAUUCUCGCGAUUGACUUUAUUUUAUCGUCAGCUUUAUGCUCAAAUGAUGCGCAAAGUUAAUUCUCGCUUGGGACGAGACUCUCAAUGUGUUAAAAUGUCCUAUUAGUUAAGCUACUACCCUGUCUGGAGGUUGGAUAUGUAAAGCGUUGAAAUAUUAAAUCAUACAUCAAGCCAGAGACGAUAAUACCUACCAAGUGACUUCAGCAUGCUGUAUGCCCGAGUUGGAUAUUUACAGCACAGUGGAGAAGAUUCGUGUCUUCCCUACCAUGAAUUGUAUUAAGCGUUCUUUAACACAAUAAUCUAUGAUAAGAGUACAGAAAACGGAUUGAAACGAAAAAUUCCUUUUAUAGAAGGGGAUCUGACCAAUAAUUAUACAUAAUAGGUUGCAGGAAUUUAAUGAUGUUAAAAAAAAACUAAUGAUCGUCCUACUCAUCUUCACGAAGAGAUGAGAAGAAAUAAAAUAUCUUUUGCAUCGUCUAUAAAGUAGUGAAGUAUAUCAUCUAACCUUUUAAAUAUCUGAAGUAUCUCUUUCAACAUACAGCAAGCAAUUCAAUCGAAUAGAAUGUGCUAGAUAAGAACGUUCAAACACACACAUUCACACCAAAAAAAAAAAAAAAAAAAAAAACACACACACACAGGACGCCGUUCGAAGAAAACGUUAUUACACGUGAUGCACGGAUCGAGUCACAGAGGAUCGAGAUACUUCUUACAUAUGAACUAGGUGAGACCAGACUUGCAUUGGUAUGCAAAUAUCUGGACUAAAGAGACUGAAAUAUCUGUGCUAUGUAUUUACAAAGAUCUACGCACUGCUCGUGCAAGUGCCAUCUGUUUUAUGCGUGACUCAGUAAUCAUUUUCAAGGAUUUUUUUCGGUUUAUACGUAAACAUGAGUAAAUAGAGUGAUGGCAUGAUUUACAGUCUCAGCAGCUGCUUAUAAUGCAGGUAGGGGGAGAGAGAGCGCGGGGACUAGCUGUUGAUGAUGGUGUAGCGGCGGUGAAGGUCAUGUUUUGCGGCGGUCGAAUACCGAGCGGCAGCUAAAUUUUGACGAGGGAUCUAACAGUAAAUGAGCGCCUGCCUUGAUUAUGUGUGCGGGAUGUGCUACAGGCCUUUAAGUAGUUUCCCGCACGUGCACCUUGCCCUCCGCAUCCCUUUCGGCGGAUGUCGGAGAAGUCUGCAGUAGAUGGCAUGAUGUAUAUACUUGAACCUGCAUCAAUGGAAGCUAAGACAGAACGAGGUGAGCAUCAUUCCUUUACGACACAUCCGAUUUUGCACAGUGCAACAAGACGUUUGAAAUACUCCAAAAUAUAUUUCUAUUCCUUUGAGACCACCGGCCGUCAGUUUUACUACCAGCAAAAUGUUUUCUUCGUGUUGUCAGAAUAUUUGUUUCAAUAGUCAUAGUGAUGGUUGUCAUACCACAGGCUAUGCCAACUUCUUACACGUUCUCAAGCAUGUGCAGGACUCGUUGAGCCUUUUGAUGUUGCAUUGACGAUUUAAACAUGAUUAUUGCGCUGUUUGAGAUCAGUCAGACUGAUGUACACUGUUCGUCCAUGUUUGUGUUGCAGCCUGACGUCACAAGGGAGACCACUCGUAAUUGCCGAUGGAUCACGUGACCACAACAUCGACCAUCAUGGCGCGGCUGAGGUGGAAACUGAAGCGGAUGGCGUUGGUCAUAGCGGUUGCAUGCCUCUUGUGGUUAAUGUAUUUGCUAACUUUAUUGCCUUCGAAAAGCAGUUUGAUGUCUUUUCCAGGCCAUUUCAAGGCAGAAGCUGGUGAUUUGCUUGAGUCCAAGUCCAUUUCCAGACAGUACUCCACCAGUGAUCCAGCAGUGUAUAAACCUCCCAUUGUAGAACCAAAGGACAAUGUUUUAGAUGCACCUCAGGGUCCAGCACUUAACAAGGAAAGUGAAAGUCACCAAGGUCAGCAGAAAGAAGAAAAGAAUAAUGUCAAAGAUGGUCCAGUUGCUAAGGUGGGACGAGAUUAUAUACCUUUAAAAAACAGCACAUCUGAGUCGGGAGUGAAGUCAAAGAACAAAACUUAUGAAGGGGAUGAAACAGUGAAGAAUAAGACUUUAGAGCAGCUAGGAGUCAUGGGUGUGGUUGGAGGCAAGAAGAGGGAGCUUCCACAGCUUGUCAUACCAAUGAAAUGGAAUUUGUCUGUUUCUUUUGAUGACAUUGGGGCAAUCAUGAAAGAAACAGAAUUUUUGAACAAAGUUGACCCCCUAAACUUGCAUGCACCAAUCUUGCUUAGUUCUCGGAAUCGAACAGCCAACUUUACCUACAGCAUGCCGCUCAAGUUUGGAUUCUGUGACUGCUUUGAACAUUACUGUCUCUGCUGUGGCCGGCUGACCAAUGCAAGGCUUCAUUUGAAUACAACUGCCUGCACAAACUUCACUUUUAUGUCCAAAACACAUGAACUUGACCUGUCAGUAUCACUGAGUGCCACACCAAUUUAUCAUGGUGUUAUAUCUGCUGAUAAACCCCCCUUGCUGUGCAUUGGAUCCUCUCCCCAAGUGGCAGACAUGUGUCUACACUUCUUUAACAUGACCUACAAAGUCAACGAACACAACGCACAUCAAACACAGCUUCUGGGUUGCUUUGACUUCAGUCUGAAUUUGUUCAACCGGACCAUAGGAGCUUUCCCUGUGGACUGUUUCCAGAUACCUGGAGAUCCCAAUGUAGUGCAUAAAGAGAGAGUGUUUAACAUGGUGUUUAAUUGGAUGCCAUAAGGAGAGAGUGGUUAACAUAGUAUUAAACUGGAUGCUAUAAAUUUUGCUGUAAAAUGACAUAUUUGCUACUAUGUCACUGCAUUCUUUGUCAGCAUGAUUUUUACUUGGAAAUUCCUAUAAAGCAAUCGUUUUGGAAUAAAUAGGAAACUGUGCAUGAGUGAGUCAAUGUGUGGGUAUGAAUGCUUGUGCUUAUAAAUUUGGUUGACAGUGGAUGUUGGUAAAAGUUCUCAUACACGUCUAUAAAAUAUAAUGUGCGAUGUAUGUGACAAUGUGUAAAAUAUGUUUGUAAAUAUGGGAGAUAACCAGAGAUGAUCCAAUAUCAAAAAGUGUUACUUCCAUGAGACUAGCCUAGACUUUUAAUGGUUUUCUAAGUUAUUCUAAGACAGACAUAAAACAAUAAUAUUAGAGCUAGCCAUGGUUCAGGGGCUUUUGAUAGGUGUACAGUUGUGAUAGGCCAGGCAAUAUGUAAAUAUGUGAACUUAAAGUUGUUAAAUGGGUUAUUUACCUUUGCUUAUUGUUAUAUGCUUUAAUUAUAGUCAACGAUGCCACAUGUGUUACUGUUACAGUUAAGUUGGCCAUGCUUCCAAAGUUUGUUCAUUUUAGAUUGAAGAGCAUACAGAGAGUGAGAAAGAGAGAGAGAAUGUGAAAGAUGAGAGUACUUGCCCAUCGCAAACACCUUUAAGCAUUUUUCACUGAGAAAAAGCUGUGAAUUGAUGGUAUUAUGUUGGUGAGUGGGCAUUGACUUAUUUGUACCUUUUGAUGGUUCUGGUAAAUUAUGUAUAUACUGUAAUAUUUUUAAAAUGAGUUAGUGGCUAUUUACAGAUUUCCCACAGAGGUACUUCUGAACAGUAUUGUAAAUUGCAACCAUUUGUGUAACUGCCACAUGUUGAAGAUUAUGUAGAUCUGAAACAUGUCCUUUAAAAAUGUCUGUUUUUGAAUGUCAUUCUUUGAUAAUGAAUGUGCAGAUAUUUCUGAGGCUGCCUAUACGAGCAAACUACCUAUCUCUCUGCAAUGUUGUGCAACCUUUUACGCUGAGUAGGUCUUUUCAUCCAGCAGGCUAUGAUUUACCUUCUGUACCCUAUGUGACUUUAAAAAUUUGGGUAUUGCACAUUUUCUUACUUGAAACUCUUUAUCCCUUUCAUCCCCUCCUUUUUGUUUGUUUCCAGCAUGUAAGUCAAUUUUUAAAAACAACCAGUUUCUCUGAUAAUUAAAGCACUGAUGUAUCCCCACUCCUCCCAUUUACCCAUGACUAAUUUUGCAUGCUUUGUCAUGCAUUUGCUUUUCUUACAUGCCUUGUUGUUUACCAUUGUACCUCUGUUGUAUUUUCCUCUGUUAGAACAAUCUUGUUUUUGCUAUUAUAUCUGUUUAUGGCUGUUUUCUUAUGACAUUUAUUUACUUCUUUCUUUGCAUAUUCAUAAAUGUUCAUUUUUCAGGGCUUUCUGAAUACAAGAUGGUUAGUUGCUAAGUUUUGAGAUGAGACUAUCUCUUAACAAGCUAAACCAGUCAUUUGAAAAACAAAUAUGCUUGUGAGUGGGUCUUUUUAAAAAAAUUGAGAACAAAAGUGACUUCCUGUAACUGUUUUCAGUUUAACAGAAUUUAAACUUCUUAUUCUUCUGCAUUCUAUUACAUCUAUAUACAUCAUUAUCUUCUGUCGGUGACCAUAUGGAGCAGUAUUGGUGUCUGCUUCUUUCACUUUUGGUUAUCCCAGUCCUGAUAUCCAUAUAAGUCUAAUUGUAUUUAAAACCAAUCAAAAGGUUGUAUUUAUAUUAGCAUGAAUGUUGUGUGUGUGUGAGAGAGAGAAAUAAUUUGUGUGUACAUAUGCACAUUCUUGUGAACGUGUGUGUGUUUGCUCAGCACCUUUGGUUACUGAACUGACUAUGAAGAGGAGAGAAUAUUCUUUAACUACCUGGAGAAAUUGUGACAAAGAGAAAUUGGUACUGAAUAUAAGGACAGUAAGCUUAAGGAAACAGAAUCUUUGUCAGAAGUGAACAAACUUGCCUAUAGUCACAAAUUUUACUGCUUGAUUACAAUGUUGAAUGGACUCUAUAAAAGGUCCUUCAUGGUUAUGUACUUGUUAUUCGCAUGCUGGUAGCAGUGUGUAACCAUCAAUGCGAAUCCAUGGGACACUGAUGAUUUCUUGUUCAGUUUAUCAGUUUCUUUGCCCAUUUUUCUUGUUCCCACUGUGAUGUGCAGACAAUUUUUUUCCGUGCAAAUGUCGAGGUUUUUUGGUGAUUGUUCAUGUUUUUCCACAAUCACCAAAUGUUCCGAAACAUGAUCAUUCUGAAAAAAAUGUUAAUAUUUAUAUUUUAUCAUAUUAUAGUCUUUUUCUCUUGGAUCUUGUUUGCUUUUGCACACAUGGCGUUGUGCCUGACAAGCAUUUGAACAUUUUUAAAAAAUUGAAUUCAUAGUUCAUUGUGGUUUCUUUAUUGCAUUCAUAGUUCAUUGUGGCUUUAUUGCAUUCAUAGUUCAUUGUGGUUUCUUUAUUGCAUUCAUAGUUCAUUGUGGUUUCUUUAUUGCAUUCAUAGUUCAGGGUGAUGCUUGCUUCUUAACCAUGAUUGUCAUAAGGGACUGUUGUCAGUAUUCUGUACAGGAAGAUAAGCAUUGUUUAAACAUAUACAUUUUUUUUUCUGGAUUUCAAGCCAAGCUUUGGCCAUCCAGUAGGGAAAAAAUGGAUUCAGUCCAGCAGGAGAGUUGAGGGGCUUGACUUGCCAGAUGAAGGAAUGCAAAAUAACUGUUAAGGUAACCAGAAAAAUAUGUACUCUCCUUGCCCUCCUCCUUUGGGUCAAACCAUUCUUUCUCGCCAUAACCAGAAAGUUCGGCCUUUACUUGCAGGCAGAUGAAAUUACUUUUCCCUGUUAUUUCACUACACACCAAGCGUUUUUAAAUACAAGUGUCAGAAGAUUUGCCUUUCCUGGUAUUCAUGAAAAGGCAUUUGCAAUAGAUUUAAAUGUGACAUGCUUUCAGGUCGCAAGGCACAUAUCAUAGUAUAUUUUUGUUUGACUGCAAUUCAAGUCAGCGUCCUUUUUCUUUUAUUCCCAAGAUGUUCUGUUUUUUUACCUUCUAAAUUUUGAGUUCGACUUUGAGAUAUGGGAAAUGUGUACUCUAGUUGUUGUGGGAGGGGCAGUAAGGAAAAGACUACAUAGAAAACGCGAAUAAAUUAUAAACAAAUGAAUUGUGGAAAA